AAAGCAGACGGCACAGUUCACACUGACUUGCGAACGUGAUCAACAUGAAUCCACUCAAGAUUUUCUGUUUUUUGGCUUUGGUUAUUGCCGUUGCUAGCGCAAACAAACAUGGCAAGAACAAGGAUAACGCGGGCCCGAACAGUUUAAAGCCCACUGAUUGGUUGUCCGUCGAGGAACUACAAUCGAUGACAGCAAUCGAUGACAUCACUUUGCAACAGUUAGAGAACAUAUCCGUGGAAGAUGCCGAACGCAAAAUUGAAAAGAUCUAUCACUUGUCACAAAUCAACCACGCACUGGAACCUUCCUACGUACCCAGCCCAAGCAAUGUACCAGUAAUGUUGAUGAAACCCAAUGGACAAUCACAGCAAACCAACCUUAACGAACUGGUUGAGGCUGCCAAACAACAGCCCAACUUUGGCGACGAAGAGGUCACCAUUUUCAUCACUGGCAUGCCACAAACGAGCUCUGCCGUCUCAAAGGCUAAUAAGAAGUUAGUCCAAGCUUAUAUGCAACGUUAUAAUGGCCAACAACAGCCAAUCAAUGGCAACAAGGACUACGACUACGGCAGCAGCCAAGGUAAUCAAGGUGUCACCUCAAGCGAAGAAGAUUACAGCGAAUCUUGGAAGAACCAGAAGAGCACGAAGGGCAACCUUGUCAUCAUCAACUUAGGCUCCACGCUCACCAACAUGAAACGCUUCGCGCUUCUCGAUGUGGAGCAAACCGGCAACAUGAUCGGCAAAACUCUCGUCCAAUUGACCAACGAAGUUGAUGUCCCACAAGAGAUCAUCCACAUUGUAGCCCAAGGUAUCGGUGCUCAGGUUGCUGGCGCUGCUGGUCGUCAAUACAAACGUUUGACUGGACAUCAACUCCGCCGUAUAACCGCUUUGGAUCCCUCCAAAAUUUUCGCCAAGAACAGGAACGCUUUGACUGGUUUAGCUCGUGGUGAUGCUGAUUUUGUUGAUGCCAUUCACACAUCGACUUGCGGUAUGGGCACAAGACAACGUGUUGGUGAUGUUGACUUCUAUGUCAAUGGCCCAGCAUCCACUGCUCCAGGUACUAAUAAUGUGGUUGAGGCAUCAAUGCGCGCAACCCGUUAUUUCGCUGAGUCUCUACGCCCAGGCAAUGAGCGUAACUUCCCCGCUGUGGCUGCCAACUCUUUGAACCAAUACGAAAACAACGAGGGUAAUGGCAAACGCGCCUACAUGGGUAUCGCCACCGAUUUCGAUUUGGAGGGUGACUACAUUCUGAAAGUGAACCCCAAGAGCCCAUUCGGCAAGAGUGCUCCAGCCCAAAAGCAGAGCACUUACCAUGGUCUUCAUCAGUCGUGGAAGAGCGGCAAAAACCAAAACCAGGAAUAAAUUUUCUAAAUACUUUAAUUUCCUGUGAGAUUAUCGGAGAUUAAAAAAAUUACUACUUUUUUUAGGCAGCGAUGUUAAAAUUUUGUGUAGUAUUUAAAAUUUUCAAAUAAAAAUAAAUUUGCUUUACAA